AUGACUUCGCCAACCGCCAACCUUGCGACCCCAGUCUCACCUCCUUCCACGAACGCAAUCCCUGCACAAGAUGCUGAGCAACCUGAUAGCUCCUCGGGUUCUAGAGCCUUUCCAUCAAGAUCUUCAAGUCGUGGCAGAGGGCGGCAAGGCGAGAGUAGCGGCCAAGACCAGCCUUCAGAAAACCUUGUCGGUAAUCUCUUCAAAAGCCGCGAUGCGCCAUCCUUCUUCGGCUCUUCGUAUUUCGGCCCUCAAGCCGCCGCAAAAAUCAUCCAAGCGCCCGCUCCAGAGUUAUCAUCUGGGCUCAGCUCAAAACCCCAGGCGGGAUCAACUCACUCAUUCAGAGAGGAGAAUGGUCCCUUCUCUCAGAUUUGGGAUCUUCUGGGACUGCUGCCGCGCAAGAAGUCCACAGUCGACAGGCUGACGGAAUGCUUCCUAAACGAACUCAACUGGGCGAUUGACGCGGUUCAGCCAACCUCUUUCAAAGCCAAGUACGAAAACUUCUGGUCUCGCAAGUUCGGCUUUGAUGAUUUUGCUACGAUUGACCUUCGCUGGCUGGCUUUGCUGUUCAUCGUCUUGGCGUAUGGGGUGUUGUUAGAUUGCCCAAGACCACGGAACAGGGAGGUUCAGCGAGAGGUCUACGACACGUCUCAACGGUUCUACUGGGCCGCCCGAAGAGCCAUUGUGAUUGCCCCGACUUUCUACGGCGAGUCGACGGAUCUCGUGCGAGCUGGUGUUUUGGUCACUCGGUAUCUCAUUUACACCCGCCGUGUGCCGGAGUCCUGGCUCACAACGAGCUUCGCUAUGAGGAUGGCUCAGGCGCAGGGCAUGCAUAUCGACGGUGAACGGUGGAGACUUCCAAGAAAAGAAACAGAGACUAGACGACGGCUAUGGAGCAAUCUCUACAUGCUCGACAAAACCAUAGCACUAGCUCUCGGACGACCGUUUGCGAUUGUUGAUCAACAGUGUCUUGUUAAGCAGGCCUCCAAUGUUUGGCUAGACGACCUUGAUGACGAGGAGGCCGCCUCGGCCCCAGAAGCACCUCUUUCAGAGCCAACCGCGAGUGUCUUCAGCCGCCUAGCUCACGAACUUGCCGUGGUCGUAGGCAAGAUUCAAGAGCGAUGUUUCGGUCUGUUCACAGUCUCCUACGAGACUGUUCUCACGCUCGACAAAGAGAUCGAUACUUGGAGAGGCAGAUUACCACCAUAUUUCGAGUUGGAGGACCCGGACAUUUCCAAGGACGACCGCCUCCCUUUCCUCCCUUGGCAGAGACUACAUCUGCACAGCAUGUACCAUUUCGCAAGAGUCACACUACACCGGCCUUUCCUUCUCCGUCAGUCCAUCACAAAUCGGUACAGACAUAGCCACGACGUAUGCAUAGCUUCCGCCUGCGCAGACCUUGACAUGGGUCUAAAGAUGUUCAACCAACCUCUUAACGACAGGCUGAAGUGGAGUCUGGGACCACACAACCUCUUCAACAGUGCUCUUGUACUGGGUAUUAUUGCUGUCCGCGACCCCCAUUCUCGGCGUUCUCAGGCUAUCCUCGAGGAUUUAUCUGCAUACUGCGAGAUGCAGAGAAAUGACGUCUGGCUCAAUGAAUUUGCCCUCGCUGAAGUCAAAAUAGUUGAGCUCUGUGUCAAAAAGGCAAGGCAGUCUCACCCGCCACCAGCCAACACCCUAGUACCGCUAGCUCUAGCGUCAGCUUCACCUAGCAGGCGCUUCUCUCAGCCGGUUGGCCAACCGCCAGUAAUGGAGACACAACCUCAGUUGCCAGUCGAGAGUCCCGACUUUGACCCUCUGAUGGCUGGCUUGGGCCUUCCUUACAGCACGACGAGCGCACAGAUGACAUGGGACGAUCCUGGAUUCUUUCUUCCUGAGAGCGGAGACUUAUCUCAAUGGGAGCAUGUUAUCAACACUCUUAUGCAUGAUCAAGCAAGCAUGUAA